AUUAUUAUUAUUAUUAUUAUUGUUAUUCCACCGGAAUAAUGUGUGGGAUAUUAGCGGUGUUAGGUUGUUCCGAUGAUUCACAGGUGAAGAGGGUUCGCGUGCUCGAGCUCUCUCGAAGGUUGAAGCAUCGAGGUCCGGAUUGGGGUGGUUUGCACCAGUUUGGAGAUUGUUUUCUGUCGCACCAAAGACUCGCGAUCAUCGAUCCUGCAUUCGGGGACCAGCCUCUUUUUAAUGAAGAUAAAACCAUCGUCGUGACGGUGAAUGGGGAGAUUUACAACCAUGAGGAAUUGAGGAACAAAUUGUCUAAUCACAAAUUCAGGACGGGAAGCGAUUGUGAAGUAAUCGCGCAUCUGUACGAGGAGUACGGAGACGAAUUCGUCGACAUGCUCGAUGGAGUCUUCUCAUUUGUGUUGCUGGAUAUGCGCGACAAUAGCUUCAUUGUGGCUCGAGAUGCGAUCGGAAUCACUCCUCUCUACAUUGGAUGGGGGCUUGACGGUUCUGUUUGGAUAUCGUCGGAGAUGAAGGGGUUAAAUGACGACUGCGAACAUUUCGAGGUCUUCCCCCCUGGCCACAUCUACUCCAGCAAAGAAGGCGGCUACAAGAGAUGGUACAGCCCGCCGUGGUAUGCGGAGGCUGUUCCGUCGGUCCCGUAUGAUCCCCUCGUCUUGAGGAAGGCAUUCGAGAGUGCUGUAAUCAAGAGGCUUCUGACAGAUGUUCCUUUCGGAGUUCUAUUAUCAGGCGGCCUUGAUUCGUCUUUAGUUGCUGCGGUCACGGCUCGCCACUUUGCAGGAACAAAGGCAGCUGAGCAUUGGGGCGGUCAGCUCCGUUCCUUCUGCGUCGGCUUAGAGGGUUCGCCAGAUUUAAAAGCUGCAAAAGAGGUUGCUGAUUAUCUGGGGACUGUCCACCAUGAGUUUCACUUCUCUGUUCAGGAUGGUAUCGAUGCGAUUGAGGAUGUGAUCUACCGCAUCGAAACAUACGAUGUGACUACGAUUAGAGCUAGCACUCCGAUGUUCCUAAUGGCUCGAAAAAUCAAGUCAUUAGGAGUCAAGAUGGUGAUUUCUGGGGAAGGCUCAGAUGAGAUUUUUGGAGGUUAUUUGUACUUCCACAAAGCACCCGAUAAGAAAGAGUUCCAUGAAGAAACUUGUCGCAAGAUUAAAGCCCUCCACCAGUAUGACUGCUUACGAGCUAAUAAAGCGACGUCAGCGUGGGGGCUAGAAGCCCGCGUACCGUUUCUCGAUAAGGAGUUUAUCGAUGUCGCGAUGAGCAUUGAUCCUGAAUGCAACAUGAUCAAACCUGAUCUUCAGCAUAUUGAGAAGUGGGUGCUGAGAAAGGCGUUCGAUGAUGAGGAAAAUCCAUAUCUUCCGAAGCACAUUCUGUAUAGGCAGAAAGAGCAGUUUAGUGAUGGUGUUGGCUACAGUUGGAUUGAUGGGCUAAAAACACAUGCAGCAGAACAUGUUACUGAUAAAAUGAUGCAAAAUGCUGAGCAUAUUUACCCACACAACACUCCGACGACGAAAGAGGCCUACUACUAUAGAAUGAUCUUUGAGAGAUUUUUCCCUCAGAAUUCUGCGAGGUUGACCGUCCCCGGCGGUCCGAGCGUAGCUUGCAGCACUGCCAAGGCAAUUGAGUGGGACUCGCAGUGGUCGAACAAUCUAGAUCCUUCCGGAAGAGCAGCCCUUGGUGUUCACCUUUCGGCUUACAAUCAUUCAGCAAUAGCUUCCCUUCCCAAUAGUAACAAACCGUCGAAGAUGAUGAAUGAUACAUUGAGGUUGGUGGAAGUAACAGCUCCGAACUUCGCUGUCGCUACCUGAUUCCUUUGCUAGACAUUAGUGUGCUACCUCUACGGUUUGAUACAAUAGGAGAUAGAUAAGUUAGUUUUGAAUCAUUGUGUUCGUAUGGUUCGAAUUGAGCUUGUUCAGCUCAUGUUCUCACAAACAUGCGGAAAAUGUAGUGUAUAAGUUAGUACCAGAUCAUGGUGUUGUAAAUGAGUUGCAACGACAACUUUAUAUGGUCUAAAUAUGCGUAAAUGUAGUGUAUAAGUUUGCAGCAGAUGUUGUACUGCAUUUGAAAGAAAUCUCUAGGGUUUGAA